GUGGGUGUGAACAUCAUGGGAAUGGCAACUUUGUGAUAAGUGAUCAUUUGGUGGUUGUGUGGGUGGGCACUGUUAAAUUGUAUUGUGUACAGAGGGAUUUGCCAUUGGUCCAGACAAGAGAUUUGAGGCAGGCGUGGACUCAGCGAAGGUGAAAAUACUUCAACAAUCUCACGAGAAAAUAUGAGAUUUCACUGAUUAUUGUUUACAUUGCAAAAACAUUAGAACCGAACCGAAUCAAUCCGGAUUCUAAUGAAACGGAUUGCAAACGCAUAAGUUCCGAAACAGAUUGGCUUCACCGUCGCGGCGAGAAAGACGACUGAAGCCCAACUUUGUUUUGGUCUGGUCUGGUCUGGUCCGGUCUGGUCUGAUCUGAGCUGAAGCCCAGAACCCGAAAUUCAUCCCACCACCGGGGGAGAAAAAGAUAGGGGUAACGUUAACUCACGCUAGCUCGCAGACAUUAUUUACACCUGGUGAAAAGCAUUUCGAGGAUCGCCAUUGUGUGGCAGGAAGAUACUCGACAUAGGCACGGGUGGGUCCUCGGGGAGAUGGAUGUGAUGGGUAUCCCCGCCUAAGGAGCAUCGAAAGGCGGGUUUAGGGUACCCGGAGUUGUCGAGGCCUCCCAGGGAAUCCACCGUCUCCUACCUCGAGCAGCACCGCGCGCUCCCGUCUCCUGAGCGUUAACGUCCAACACGCGAGAGACGCGGCUGUGGAUGCGGCCUAGCCUGGGAGGGUCUGUCGAGCACCAGGGAAACAACGGGGACGGUUCCAGGGAUAACAACAGGCCCGCUGGAGCGAGGGAAUCUAAAAUUGCAGUAAGCAUCUCUUCAGGUUGGCGAACAAAAGCAACUAUUGUGCCAGCCAUGAUGGAAGAACUGCAUAGUCUGGACCCCCGGCGGCAAGAGCUGUUGGAGGCUCGCUUCACUGGGGUCGGCGUGGCGAAGGGCUCGGGUCAGAGUCAAAAUGAGUCAUCCAAUCAAAGUCUAUGCAGUGUGGGCUCACUCAGUGACAAAGAGCUAGAGACUCCUGAGAAAAAGGCAAAUGACCAGAGAGUGAGAAAACGGAAAGCAGACCACUUUGACAGCAGCCAAGGUAAAGCAGGGGCACGGGGACAUAAAAUUAGUGAUUAUUUCGAGUUUGCGGGUGGUAGCGGUCCUGGUACCAGCCCUGCCAGGGGAAUCCCACCAGUAGUUCGCUCUUCCCCACAGCAUUCCCUCUCCAACCCCCCUGUCACGGUGCAGCAAGGGAGCCCCUCCUCGGUCAGCUCGGUCAACACAGAGCACUCGUCAUGUUCGAUGAAGCCUGUUUCACUUCACAUGGUCCAUAAAGCCACACAGUCUGACCUUACUAUAGAGAAACUAACAGCAAUGGAGAACAACAAAAACUCAGACCUGGAGAAGAAGGAGGGCCGAAUAGACGAUUUGCUGCGGACAAAUUGUGAUCUGAGAAGACAGAUUGAUGAACAGCAGAGGAUGCUGGAGCGAUACAAGGAACGCUUAAAUAAGUGUGUGACGAUGUCGAAGAAGCUGCUCAUUGAAAAAUCUAAGCAGGAGAAGAUGGCAUGCCGGGACAAAAGCAUGCAAGACAGGCUAAGACUGGGUCACUUCACCACAGUGAGACACGGGGCGUCAUUUACUGAACAGUGGACAGAUGGAUAUGCGUUUCAAAACCUAAUCAAACAACAAGAAAGGAUUAACUCCCAGAGAGAGGAAAUCGAAAGGCAAAGGAAGCUGUUGGCUAAACGCAAGCCACCCUCCAUGGCCCAGACCCCACCUCCGAGUCUGGAGCAAAACAAACGCAAAAGCAAGACCAAUGGAACGGAGAGUGAAGCGUUAUCACAGGCAGAGUACCAUGAGCAAGAAGAAAUAUUCAAGCUAAGACUGGGCCAUCUUAAGAAGGAGGAGGCUGAGAUUCAGGCAGAGCUAGAGAGGUUGGAGCGAGUGCGAAACCUUCACAUUCGUGAGCUGAAAAGGAUCCACAAUGAAGAUAAUUCCCAAUUUAAAGAUCAUCCAACGUUAAAUGACCGAUACCUGCUUUUACAUUUACUUGGGCGAGGUGGUUUCAGUGAAGUUUACAAGGCAUUUGACUUAACGGAGCAAAGGUACGUUGCAGUCAAAAUCCAUCAGUUGAACAAAAACUGGAGGGAUGAAAAGAAAGAAAAUUAUCAUAAACAUGCUUGCAGAGAAUACAGAAUUCAUAAAGAGCUGGACCACCCACGAAUAGUUAAACUUUAUGACUACUUUUCACUUGAUACUGACUCGUUCUGUACAGUCCUGGAGUACUGUGAGGGUAAUGACCUUGACUUCUACCUGAAGCAGCACAAGCUUAUGUCAGAGAAAGAGGGACGCUCCAUCAUCAUGCAGAUUGUUAAUGCUCUCAAGUACCUCAAUGAGAUCAGACCGCCCAUUAUCCACUACGACCUUAAACCCGGUAACAUUCUCCUGGUGAAUGGCACUGCCUGCGGGGAGAUCAAGAUAACAGACUUUGGUCUGUCAAAGAUCAUGGAUGAUGAUAGCUACAACUCAGUGGACGGGAUGGAGCUGACGUCACAGGGGGCAGGGACAUAUUGGUACCUGCCCCCUGAGUGCUUUGUGGUUGGAAAAGAGCCACCAAAAAUCUCCAACAAGGUGGAUGUGUGGUCUGUGGGAGUCAUUUUCUAUCAGUGUUUGUAUGGUCGCAAGCCCUUUGGACAUAACCAGUCUCAGCAGGACAUCCUGCAGGAGAACACCAUACUGAAGGCAACAGAUGUGCAGUUUCCUCCUAAACCUGUAGUCACACCUGAAGCUAAGGCCUUUAUAAGGCGCUGUCUAGUCUACCGUAAGGAGGACCGCAUUGACGUGCACCAGCUGUCUAGCGACCCAUUCCUUAUGCCUCACAUCCGCAAAUCUGUGGCCUCCUCGGGCACCUCGGCCAUGGCUGUGGCCUCCACAUCCAGCUCCUCCAACAGCAGCGCCUCAAACUGAGCCCGUGCUUCUGAACUGACUGAGUUCCUUUAGGAAAAAAAAACAAGGGGAAAGGGCAGGGGGGGCAGCGCAGUACGGCGUCCCCACCUACCGACAGCAUCCCGCCUUGCCGUAAGGAGCCCAGAGGUGACUGGUCAGCCGCUGCCAGGAAGUGGGUGAGGAAGGGGGACCCAUGUCGCUGUUCAUCCCUCUCAUGUCCACCCACCUCAGCCUACCUGUCCUCUUGUCUCGGAGGUGGCACUGUUCUGGGGGUCAAAGCCCUGGGCGACUCGCACAGCAUUUGGGCGAGGUUUGGCACUGUUUUGGUGAAAACGGGGUUCAAUGUUUUGGUUUUUUUUUUUUUCUGCUUAAAAAAAGAAAUAAUAGGUAUAGGACAGCUUGAGCUUGGCCAGAUGGGAAGAACUGCAGAAGGUAUCAUAUCCAUGUGCACUCACACACACACUCGUGCAUGAGCUGUUCUGGUCCAAGGUAAUCUGAACUCUCAAAGUUCAAACUUUUUUUUUUGUUUGGGUUAUUUUUUUUUUGGUCUUCAUCUCACUGAACCAGUCUGACCUGUCAAUGUACUGAACCCCAAGUAUCUAUGGCACUGUCACCAAGUUUGCUGUUCUGGGAUUGCGUGCCCUUAAGUUCUAGGCCCAGAUAGUUUUUGACGAGGAGGCCCAGAAGCUACGCCACCCUCAUCCUUCCUUUCCAUCUUCUCGUCAAACUCCUGUGACCAAAGCUUAUAACUUCCAGUUGGUGGCAGUGUUCCACCUCCAGUUUUUAUAAUGAAUGGUUUUAGAAUUGUGUUAUUUGAUAUGGAGUGGAGGCUGUUUAGGAAUAAUUCCUUUUACAUUAAAAAUUUAACCAGUUUCACGGAGAAAACAGUUUGUAUUCAAGUUGCCUUUAAUUAGAACUUCUACUGUUUUGACUGAUUUCCCCCCAUUAUCAACACAUAUUUAUUUAGGUAUGUUUGAAUUUAUUUUUGGCCAAUAAAAUGCAAGGGGCUGAUUUACCUAAUAGAACUGUCGGGGGAUGAUUGGGCCUUAGCAGAGAGUUACAUAAACCAUUAAAUACUAUUGGUUAAAUGUG